AUGUCAGGUGCGCUCGCGAACGCAUAUAUCAAAGAUGCCUGUCUGGCUAACAAGCUCGGGACGAAAGAGGUGGCCAGCAGCAACAAGACUGAAGUCCAGCCAAACGCCGACGAUGCAGAAACAGACGCUCCUCACGACCCCCAUACGUACCCCGAGGGCGGACGUGAUGCCUGGCUCGUCGUCUUCGGCGCUUGGUGCGGCUUGACUGCUUCAUUGGGCAUCUACAACACGUCGGGGGUUUUCGAGGUUGUCAUCUCUCAGGUCAUCCUUCCCCAGUACUCUGCGUCCACCCUCGGCUGGCUGUUUUCCACAUACGCCUUCGUGAACUGGAUCUUCGGAGUGCAAGUAGGACCUACUUUCGACGCCAUUGGCCCGCGGGCCCUCAUCACGGCCGGCACGGUCUGCACGCUAAUUGGGAUAUUCACACUCAGCCUAUGCACGGAGUACUAUCAGAUUCUCCUAUCCUUCUCCAUCUUGACUGGCAUCGGGUCGUCACUCCUGCUGACGCCAUCCAUGGGAUGCGUCGCUCACUGGUUCAUGAAACGCCGUGGCCUGGCUAGUGGCAUCGCAUUCAUCGGUGGCGGCUUUGGCGGCGUGUUAUUCCCGCUCAUGAUGCAAGCUCUGCUGCCUCAGGUCGGAUGGGCCUGGACGAUUCGAAUCCUUGGAUUCGUGUUGAUGGUCCUCUGUGCCGUCAGCAUUGCCUUUUGCCGGAGCCGAAUCCCCCCGCGCAAGGGGAACGCCACCACCUGGCGGGAUACUCUCCCCGAUCAUCGCAUCUUCUUGGACGGGACGGGAGCCAUGGGGGCCACUACUGCCGGGGUGCUGUUGACAGACCUCGCGUACUUCAUCCCCAUCACCUACACGCCAAGUUACUACAUUGAUCGCCAAGGUCUGUCGUCGGCGGAAUCCAUAACCGGUUCAGCCGCGUUUGCAUACCAGUUGCUCGCCAUCCUGAAUGCAGCAUCAUGUGUAAGCCGUUAUGUGGCUGGCGAUCUGGCCGAUCGCUUUGGCAGAUACAACACCAUGAUUGUCUCUCUUCUUCUCUGCACAAUCUCCGUCUUGUGUCUGUGGUUGACAGAUAUACUGGUGCCUGGAUUGAAGAGUGACGGGCUCCUAGUGGCCUUUGUCGUGUUGUUUGGUUUUCAGAGUGGUUCCAACGUCAGCUUGACGCCCAUCUGCCUCGGCCAGCUCUGUGACACGGAAGAGUACGGGAGAUACUAUGCGAGCUGCUUCACAGUAGUUGCAUUUGGCGUGUUGGCAAGCCUGCCCAUCGCCGGCAGCUUGCUAACCGUGACGGGUACCAGCGGGAAAGAGAAAUACUGGGGGGCUGCCUUGUUUACCGGACUGAGCUAUGUGGCCGCCCUCCUUUGCUUCGUGUGGGUGAGGGUCAAGCUCAAGGGCUGGUCAUGGCGGAUCAAGUGGUAG